AAAAAAUAUUUUUCUCGCCUUAUUCAGUUUUACCGUAUUUUUGAGAAAAAAAAUGUAUAAUGAAUUAAAUGAACGUAUGAAUAAAAUGUCUGUUAAUGAAGAAAUUAUUACAAAAAGUAAUGAUGGUUGUAAUGCUAAAAGCUUAAUCGAAGAUCGAAUCAUUCUUAACGUUGGUGGUAUCAAGUAUGAAACGUUUAUAUCGACAUUGACAGCAUAUCCUGAUACAUUACUUGGAAUAAUGUUUUCGGAACGGAAUAAAGAUAUGGUACAUUCAACGAAUGGAAAUGAAUAUUUUUUUGAUCGAGAUGGUUAUUUAUUUCGAUAUGUUCUUCAAUAUUAUCGAACAGGAAAAGUUCAUUGGCCAGAAUUUCUAUCAUCAAAUCAAAUGGAAAAUAAUUCAUUUGUAGAUAAAGGAUUAAAACAACCCGCAUCGCCAAUAGAAGUAGCGGGAAUAAUAUCAUUAAAUAACAAAGAAGGAGGAGUAGUGGAUAAUUUAACUGGAUUAGGAGUAGGGAAUUACGUAUCAUUACCAUUCACAAGAGAAGAAUUGGAACAAGAAUUAUUAUUUUUUUUAAUUCCAACAAGAUCAGAUGAAGAAUUAACUGAAUCCAUAUUACAGGAAGAAUCAUUAAAUGUUACUACACCAUUAUUAACAUUUGCAAAUAAAGCAGUGGUAGAUAAUGUUAAUGGAUUUUUAUAUUCAUUAAAAGAAGUGAUGUAUUCUUUGGCAUCAUUAUUCGAGAAAAAAAUCAUGAUAACAUUUUAUCACGAUAGACGAGCGCCAGUAUUUAAAUUAAUACCACCAAAUCCAAACAUUAUUAUGAACGAAUUAGCGCCCUUUAACGAAAAAAUGAAAACCAUUUUAACACCUUAUGCGGGAGUUGGAUAUACUUUAUUAAUGAAUUUUGAAAACGAAAUCGAAGCUUGGAUGAUUGAAGAAAUUAAAGAGUUGAGAUGGUUUAUGGAGAAACCCAGUGGGUUACCUAAUAGAUUUGUUUUAUAUUUGAGUUUUAAUGAUAAAUUUUUAAAACAGCAAAUUUUAAAAAAUAGUUUACUAUCCAAAGUUGUGAAUGGAGGUAAUGCAAGUCAAAAUUUAAAUACAAAUGUAAAUGAGAAUACUACGACAUCAUCUGCUACAAAUGCAAUGGGAGAAAGUUCUGGAGGUGAUGCAAUUGCAAAUUCUUCAACAACAUCAUGAAAUAAAGUAAUAUGUUGCAAAGGUAAGGUGAAUUUAAUAAAAAAUAUUUCAGAUUCAUUUACUUUUAUAAUAUUAAAUUUAUUAAUAUAAAUCGAUCUAUAUAAAUU